AGGGAAAGGAGAAUGUUAGCUGCUUUGAGACUCCUUUGGGUAGUGAUAAAGCGGGAUAUCAAAUCCAAACUCUUCUUUAGCUACUGCUACUUCUCACCUUUUCACAGUACUACAAGGUGGAGGGAAAAUGCAGGUGUCAACUGCAAUGUUAGCUUCUAAAUAAAUGUUUUGAGAUGCAAACAGGAAAAAACCCUAAACUUCUGCCUUCUUGGGAGUCAGCCCCGUUGAAUUCAGCAGGGCUUAUUUCUGACUUGACACGCAUUUGCUUGCUACUUAACGACAAGCACCCACCCUCCCCAUCAUUCUCACCUUACAACAACCACCUAAUCUCCCAUUUAAGCAUAAAGCAGCAACAGUUAAAUCUUCCCCCCUUCAAUUCCUCAUAUUGUGACAUCGAAGGGCCCCCAAGAGCCCCUAUCCCACCAAUCUCUCCCUUUUUAUCAAAGGGAAGGAGGAAGGGGAGACGGGAAUAAACGGAGCCAACAGGGCAACUUGGUUUUUUUGUCCUUCUUUUAAAAGGGGAAUGGUGCUCCCCAUUCCACCCUCAAAUGGGUAGUAAAGGCAUCAGAGAGGUUAAAGAAAGGCUUCUCGCAUGUGCACACAAACACAGGCAGAAGAGGAGAUGGGAGUAAAGAAAGAGAGUUAAAAAACAGGGCAACGUUUUUUGUUCUUACUCUGAAGAAAACAACCUGUUUCUUUUUUCAUGGGGGUAAGGAAGAGGAAAUAGGGCUCCCAGUAAGAAACCCAGAGCCAGUCCAGACCAGCACCUACCAGCUUGUCCCACCAGCUACUAAACUGCUGAACCGGGGCUUGCUGCAAAAUCAAAAGAAGUAUAAGGGCUGAUAAGCUGGCUGGCUGCUGCUUUCCCAGCUUUUUUCAUAAUUGUCACUUGCGUUUGUAGAGGCAGUUGCACAAUCAAACGAAACGUAGUGACUUCGGCUAUGCCUGCUCUUGUGUGUCAGUCUCUCACUGCUCCUGCAGGAGGCAGCGGAAGCCCUAAGAAGUACAUACUAGCCGGCUACACAGUUUUCUCAAAAUCGCGAUGCUUGACGGACAACAUUUUAUGAAACUCUUAUUGUGCUGUGGACUUCAUAACCAUAUAUUGAAAAAUUGUCCAGGUCUAGUGCCCAGUAAGACAUCAGUAAAUAGAAGUACACAUCUCGUUUCUGGGCUUUGGCUAGAUAGCAAGGAAGCUCCCUGCACACUAAUCAUGCUGCAAAGUUACAGAACUGAUGGCUGCGGUCAAAGAUUGGGAGUGCAUCUGUAGCUGACACAAAUGAAUCCUGACAUGCCUGCUGCCGCCUCUGCUCUAGAAGGCUCCUCGACAUGGCUGUUGGUGCUGCUGGGAAGCCUUACAGCGACUCUUCUUGGGGUAGCUCACAAACUGGGGCUCAUCUAUCAGCUGUGGCAUCAGGUGGACAUGAAGAGCACUCGGCAUGGCGGAGAAACUGUGGCAGAAGUGCUGAAAGCUCAUGGUGUGCGCUUUUUGUUCACGCUGCCGGGUGGACAUAUCUCUCCCAUUUUGGUGGCUUGCGAGAAGCUGGGCAUUCGUGUUGUGGACACGAGGCAUGAGGCAACGGCUGUAUUUGCAGCAGAUGCAGUGGCCAGGCUAUCAGGAACAGUGGGAGUUGCUGUAACGACAGCAGGACCAGGAGUGACUAACACUGUGACAGCUAUGAAAAAUGCCCAGAUGGCAGAGUCUCCCGUGUUGUUGAUUGGAGGGUCAGCAGCCAGGUUGCAGAAGGGCAGAGGAGCUCUCCAAGACAUUGAUCAGCUGUCCCUCUUUAAACCACUCUGCAAAUUCUGUGCUUCCGUGAAUUCUGUCCGAGAGAUUGCCCCUGUGUUGCGAAAGGCCAUUGCCAUUGCCCAGUGUGACACUCCAGGGCCUGUGUUUGUAGAGUUCCCCUUGGAUAUCCUGUAUCCCUAUCAUCUAGUAGAGAGAGAGGUUUUCAAGAACUUCACUUCUAAAAGCCUUUUGGGAAAGAUUGUUAACUGGUAUCUGCGCAGUUACAUAGGGAACCUCUUUGCUGGGGCAUGGGAGAUGCAGGACCUUUCACCUCUGCCAGUGAACUUGCCAAAGGCUUCAAAGGGACAGGUUCAACAGUGUGUGGAGCUCAUCAGCCGAGCUAAGAAGCCAGUCAUCAUCCUUGGUAGUCAGGUGACCCUACCACCAACACCAGUAAAGAUACUCAGAGAUACCUUAGAAGAACUGGGGAUCCCGUGUUUUCUUGGAGGCAUGGCUCGCGGCAUGCUGGGUAAAAAUAGCCCACUGCACAUCCGUCAGAACCGGCGUGACGCACUCAAGGAGGCAGAUGUGGUCAUUCUAGCAGGCACAGUCUGUGAUUUUCGCCUGUCAUUCGGGGGGAUCCUAAGUAAACGCAGCAAAAUCAUUGCUGUCAACAGGAACCGGGAGCAGCUGCUGAAGAACGCAUAUGUGUUGUGGAAACCCACCGUGGCCAUUCAGGGGGAUGCUGCCUGCUUCCUGGUGUCCUUGUGCCAAGCGUUGAAGGGCUAUUCAUGUCCCCAGGACUGGGUAACAGGCCUGAAGGAGGUUGAUCGCAUAAAGGAGAAGGCAAACAGGGAGAAGGCAGAAAAACCAACAGAGCAGCACCUCAACCCACUGAAGCUGCUGCACCAUUUGGAUAAUUUGCUUCCUGAAGACAGCCUGUUGAUUGCUGACGGGGGUGACUUUGUUGCAAGUGCCGCCUACAUUGUAAAGCCCAGGGGGCCACUGACCUGGUUGGAUCCAGGAGCCUUUGGGACCUUAGGGGUUGGUGGAGGCUUCGCGCUGGGAGCCAAGCUCUGCCGGCCAGACUCAGAGGUCUGGAUCAUAUAUGGAGAUGGCUCCCUUGGGUUCAGCAUCAUGGAAUUUGACACCUUCGUGCGACACAAGACACCUGUCAUCGCCCUGGUGGGGAACGAUGCUUGCUGGAGCCAGAUUUCCCGGGAGCAAGUUCCCAUGCUUGGCAGCAAUGUAGCCUGCGGCCUGGAUUAUAUAGAUUACCAUGUGGUGGCAAAAGGCUUAGGAGGGAAAGGCUUCCUGCUCAACCGCGAGAAUGAGGAUCAAACGGAGGAACUUAUCAGGACAGCACAGUCUGAAUGCAGGCAAGGGCACCCUGUCCUUCUCAACGUCCUCAUUGGGAAAACAGACUUCCGUGAAGGCUCCAUCGCUGUGUAGGGCUUAGCUUGGAGAUACAAGUAUGUGGGAUUUGACUGGACAGCAAAGUGACUGCUUUGCAUGGAAGAUAUGGUUCAUCUGAAUUGAUCUCAAGCAAAGGGAUGGGGCCUUGGCAGUCCUGAGGUCUCAUGCCCUCCCUCAUUGGGCUUCCUUGGGGUGGUUCUUCAGAUAGCUGGUUUCCUCCACUUUUCAACUCUUGUUUUGCUGCUGAAGCACUAGCUCGUAUUCCAUCUCCACCCAUCACACAAUGGCUGUUGUCUGAAGUAGGAGCAGCAAAGCAGUUCUUCGUGAAUCACUUCGACUUGUUCCUUUUGGUUAUUAUGUCUAACAGGUUGGCUUCACUAAUUGACGCAGCUAAUACAUUAAUAACCAUAGUUGGGACGAAAGAACACACGCCUCUCUAGUUUGCCAUUCCUUCAUCUGAGGAUUUAGGUGCACCCUUUUCCUUUUCUUUUUUAAAUAAUUUUUAUUAAGUUUUGCAUUUAACAAUCCAAUCAUAUCACAUUAAUUAAUCGGUGCACCCUUUUCCAACACCGGUAGAUACUUACUAUUCCCAAAGGAAGUGCAAAAGUGAAUCUAUACUAUUUGGUUUGAAACAGAAACUAUACCUUUCUGUUGUCCCCCUACCCCACGUCGAUUUCCACCUUGGACCUCAGAAGGGUCCUUUUGCUCAUGCAUCUUUGGUGCAUGUGACCAUCUAGCCAUGCUAAUUCAGCUGAUAAUACAGGUUUCUAAGUCCCAACCUUACAUUCCCUAGGGCCAUAUAGGCCUGUAAUCCUCGUCCCAUCCUCACAACUACUUUAAUGCCUCAGCAGUUGCUCAUGUUCUGUUACAGGGCAGAGUUAGUCCUGUGGUCAAUUUUCUCCUAGACUGUACCCCCAAAUCUAUUUAAGUCUAAUUUUCCCUGCCACUUUGGCAAACAUUCUCAGGGGAGGGGGCAGCAGGCAACACAUGAGUGAGUGUCCAGUAAUACUUUGUGGACUGCUAUAUUUGCCUCUGUCCCUGCAGAAGCUACAAUGCAGCGUUUUGCUGUGCAUACAAUAAAGGGAUAUAAUUCUUGCUA